AUGGCGUCCAUGGAAUCCCCACCUCCCGGGGACUCAAUGCCAGCGGGUUCAUCAACCACGUCAUUGCCUCAAUUAACCUCAACGCCGACAUCGAAGCUACCUUCAAUCCUACUAAAGCCUUCCCGUCCUACAGUUGGAACCAGAAUACUCAAUUUCUUCCGCAAGUUAUACCGUGAACCUUACACAGAUGAAGAACCACUUACCUACCGCAUGCCUUGGGGACACAAUGUAGUAGUAUUGACAUGGUCAUAUGGAAGAAUUCUUCAUGCUGCCUUGGGAGCUCCUACCGCUGAGGAGUGUAUUGCUGGUGCACCAAAACUGGCCAGCAUCAUGCAAAGAGCAAGUGGUGAAGUAUGGAGGUAA